GACCGGCGCAGGCGUGUCCCACUUGGUGGUGAGGGGAGUGAGAGAAGCCGGGUGUCUGUCUGUUACACGUUUCACCAUGACGGAACGCAAAGGAACUGCUAAGGUUGACUAUCUGAAGAGGAUUGAAAAAGACAUCCAGAAAAAAUGGGAUGAAAGUAACUUGUUUGAAAUUGAUGCUGUGAACCCAAGGAGUGCCGAGAGUAGUCAGCCCAAGUAUAUGGUAACUUUUCCCUAUCCAUACAUGAAUGGGCGACUUCAUCUUGGCCAUACUUUCUCUUUGUCUAAAUGUGAGUUUGCUGUAGGAUUUCAGCGUUUAAAGGGAAGAAGAUGCCUGUUUCCUUUUGGAUUGCAUUGCACAGGCAUGCCCAUCAAGGCCUGUGCUGAUAAACUGAAGCGGGAGCUGGAGUUGUAUGGUAAUCCGCCUCAAUUUCCAGAGGAGGAGGAAGAGGAGGAAGAGUCACCAACAAAAAAUCAGGAAGAAACGAUUAUUAAGGAUAAGGCAAAGGGCAAAAAGAGUAAAGCUGCUGCUAAGAGUGGUGGAGCUAAGUUCCAAUGGAUGAUUAUGAAAUCUCUGGGUCUGUCUGAUGAAGAGAUUGUGAAGUUUGCAGAGGCUGAACACUGGCUUGAUUACUUUCCGACGAUGGCUGUCCAGGACUUGAAGAAAAUGGGAUUAAAAAUUGAUUGGCGACGCUCCUUCAUCACCACAAAUGUAAACCCCUUUUAUGAUUCGUUUGUGAAAUGGCAAUUUCUGAUUUUAAAAGAGAAGAAAAAAAUCAAGUUUGGUAAAAGGUACACGAUUUAUUCUCCAAAAGAUGGGCAACCCUGCAUGGACCAUGAUCGACAGAGUGGAGAGGGUGUGGGUCCUCAAGAAUACACACUAAUUAAAAUGAAGAUCCUUGAGCCUUAUCCAGAAAAACUAAGUGGCCUUAAGGGAAGAAACAUCUAUUUGGUGGCCGCCACACUGAGACCAGAGACCAUGUUCGGACAAACUAACUGCUGGGUCCACCCCAACAUGAAUUAUAUUGCCUUUGAAACAGUGAAUGGAGACAUUUUCAUCUGUACAAAGCGAGCAGCAAGGAAUAUGUCAUUCCAGGGUUUUACAAAAGAAAAUGGAAAAGUGCAUGUGAUUCUAACAAUUAUUGGCGAGGACAUUCUUGGUGUUUCACUGAGUGCUCCCUUGACAUCCUACAAGAUUAUUUAUGCUCUCCCCAUGCUCACCAUUAAAGAAGACAAAGGCACUGGUAUAGUCACUAGUGUUCCAUCUGAUGCCCCAGAUGAUAUUGCAGCUCUCCGUGAUCUUAAGAAAAAGAAGGCAUUGAGGGAGAAGUAUGGAAUUACUGAUGAAAUGGUCCUACCAUUUGAACCAAUUCCUAUAAUUGAAAUCCCUGAGUAUGGAAAUCUCUCUGCACCAACUGUAUGUGACGAACUGAAGAUUCAAAGCCAGAAUGAUCGGGAAAAGCUUGUGGAGGCCAAAGAGCGAGUUUACCUGAAAGGCUUUUAUGAGGGGAUAAUGCUUGUGGAUGGUUACGAAGGGCAGAAAGUUCAAGAAGUCAAGAAACCAAUUCAACGAAAAAUGAUAGACAAUGGAGAGGCCAUGAUCUACAUGGAACCUGAGAAGCAAGUUAUAUCUAGGUCUGCUGAUGAGUGUGUCGUAGCACUGUGUGACCAGUGGUACCUGGAUUAUGGUGAAGAAACCUGGAAGAAGCAGGCUGUAGAUUGCCUCUCAAGUCUGGAAACAUACUGUGAGGAGACUAGACGGAACUUUGAAGCCAGUCUUGAGUGGCUACAAGAUCAUGCCUGCUCAAGAACAUAUGGCCUGGGUUCUCGACUGCCAUGGGAUGACCAGUGGCUGAUAGAGUCUCUCUCUGAUUCCACCAUUUAUAUGGCUUACUACACUGUUGCUCAUCUAUUACACGAGGGAUAUUUAAAUGGUCAGACCUCUGGCCCACUGGGAAUCAAGCCAGAGCAGAUGACCAGAGAAGUUUGGGAUUAUGUGUUUUUAAAGACUGCUCCAUUUCCAGAGACUCAGAUUCCAAAACAAAAUCUAGAUCAACUGAGAAAAGAAUUUGAAUAUUGGUAUCCAGUGGAUUUACGAGUCUCUGGAAAAGACUUGGUUCCAAACCAUCUCUCCUACUACCUGUAUAACCAUGUAGCCAUGUGGCCUAGUGACAGAACAAAAUGGCCUCAAGCUGUAAGAGCAAAUGGACACUUACUACUGAAUUCUGAAAAGAUGUCCAAAUCCACAGGGAAUUUCCUUACUCUGGCUGAAGCUGUGGAAAAGUUCUCUGCAGAUGGAAUGCGUCUUGCUCUUGCUGAUGCUGGAGACACUGUGGAAGAUGCAAACUUUGUCGAAACUAUGGCUGACGCUGGUAUCCUGAGGCUCUACACUUGGGUGGAAUGGGUCAAGGAGAUGAUUGCUAAUCGUGAGAGCCUUCGGAGUGGGCCUGCCAACACCUUCAAUGACAGAGUCUUUGCCAGUGAGAUAAAUGCUGGCAUUCUGAAGACCGAGCAGCAUUAUGAGAAAAUGAUGUUUAAGGAAGCUUUGAAAACAGGUUUCUUUGAAUUUCAGGCAGCAAAGGACAAGUACCGUGAAGUUGCUGUGGAAGGAAUGCACCAGGACCUGGUUUUCCACUUCAUUGAAAUUCAGACUCUGCUGCUGGCUCCAAUUUGUCCCCACCUUUGUGAGCAUAUCUGGACACUUCUAGGAAAGACUGAGUCACUGAUGAAGGCACAAUGGCCAGUAGCUGGACAUGUGGAUGAAAUCCUCAUUCGUUCAUCUCAAUAUUUAAUGGAAACUGCUCAUGAUGUUCGACUCCGUGCCAAGAAUUAUAUGGUUGCAGGAAAAGGAAAAAAAGGAGAUCCAAAACCAACACAGAAACCUUCUCACUGUAAUAUAUAUGUGGCAAAGAACUACCCUCCAUGGCAACACACAACACUUCUGUUGCUGCGUAAUCACUAUGAGAAAAAUGGUGGGCAGCUACCAGACAAUAAAAUCAUCGCAGGUGAACUGAAAGACCUGGCAGAGCUGAAGAAGUAUAUGAAGAAGGUCAUGCCCUUUGUUGCUAUGAUCAAGGAAAACCUGGAAAAGAGUGGGCCUCGAGUUCUUGAUCUAGAGCUGGAGUUUGAUGAACGUAGUGUUUUGAUGGAGAACAUUGUCUAUUUGACAAACACAUUGGAACUGGACCAUAUUGAUAUUCUGUUUGCAACAGAAGCAGAUGAUAAAAUCCGAGAAGAGUGCUGCCCAGGAAAGCCCUUUUGUGCAUAUAGGACAGAGCCAAGUGUGUCUCUUUUCCUGGUAAAUCCCCAGCCAGCAAAUGGACAUUUCUCUACAAAGAUUGACAUCCGACAGGGUGACAAAAAGGACACUGUAAUUCGUAGACUGAUGAAGAUUGACAGGGGUAUUAAAGAUCUUACACAAGUGAAGCUGAUGAGAUAUGAAGACCCUGUACUGGGCCCACGACGGGUUCCAGUCCUUGGGAAGGAAUCAGUUGGUAAAGUGGCUAUUUCUGAGAAAGCAUCCUUUCACAUAGACUUUUCUGCAAAAAAGAUCCACUUGACUGACAAUGGCUUGAAAGUUGAUGUGGGUGAUACUUUGAUCUACCUGGUUCACUGAUGCACAAUAGAAUUGGCCCUUUGUCUUCAUCUUAAUUGUCAACUGCAAUACUUCUGUAUUGACAUUGAUACUUUUGCUAAUACAUUUUCAAAACAAAUAUUAUACAGUUUAGUAUGUAAUUGAAUGAAAUAACUAGAAUAAAGUGAAAUAAGGAA